AACCUGCCAGGGGGAAGGGAAUGAGGGGGGUGACAUGAGUGCUGUCUGUCUCUGCUACCCAGCCACUCUCUGCUUUGAACCUGAAGGGCCAGCUCUGGGUGUCUGCUGUGCUGGGGAAGGAGGGCUAAGCAGGGGGUGCAGAUGGAGGCCCUCUUUCUGCGAGGCAGCCAGCUGCUCUGGAGAACGCUCUGCAAGGAGCGACUCUGCCUUCGGAAGUUCUCGGCAACUUUCCUGGCAGCCAAGCUCCAGCCACCUUUGCUGAGCAGCCCCAGAGCUAGCCCGUGUGUGUGGGCCACAGCUCACCCCGCUGCAGCUGGCUCCCUGCCUGGCUUCCAUCGUGGGGGCUUGGAGCACCUGCUCGCUGGGCAUGGUGCCCCUCGCCGCUUUCUCGCUGGUUCUAGCUUCAAUAUGCCUCCCAGUGCUCAAUUCGUAGCCAGGCCCGUGGGGGUCUGCUCCAUGAUGAAGCUGCCCGUUCAGACUUCACCAGAGGGACUAGAUGCUGCUUUUGUUGGGGUGCCCCUUGACACGGGAACCUCCAACCGUCCUGGUGCAAGGUUCGGCCCUCGCCAUAUUCGAGCGGAGUCGGGCAUGGUGAGAAUGUAUAACCCCAGCACUGGGGCAGCACCUUUCCAUUCCCUCAUGGUUGCUGACAUUGGUGAUGUGAAUGUGAACCUCUACAACCUGCAGGACAGCUGCAGGCAAAUCCGAGAAGCCUAUCAGAAGAUUGUGGCAGCUGGCUGCAUUCCCCUCACGAUGGGUGGUGAUCACACAAUAACAUACCCGAUCCUGCAGGCAGUGGCAGAAAAGCAUGGUCCCGUGGGACUGGUGCACGUGGAUGCUCACACCGACACAGGAGACACAGCGCUGGGGGAGAAGAUCUACCAUGGGACGCCAUUCCGACGCUGCGUGGACGAGGGGCUCCUGGACUGCAAACGCGUGGUUCAGAUCGGAAUCAGAGGCUCCUCCUACACCCCGGAUCCCUACAAAUACUGCUGGGACCAGGGUUUCCGUGUCGUCCUGGCUGAAGACUGCUGGCUGAAGUCAUUGGUACCACUGAUGGGGGAGGUGAGAAAGCAGAUGGGAGCCAAGCCCAUUUACAUCAGCUUUGAUAUUGAUGGAUUGGACCCUGCAUAUGCCCCUGGCACAGGGACACCUGAAAUUGCUGGUCUCACACCUGCUCAGGCUUUGGAGAUCAUUCGUGGGUGCCAAGGACUGAAUAUAGUGGGAUGUGACCUUGUUGAAGUUGCACCAAUCUAUGAUGCUUCUGGUAACACAGCCCUCAUGGGAGCAAAUCUGCUGUUUGAAAUGCUGUGCGCACUCCCACGAGUCAAAACGAUUUAAAGCCGUGUAGGGCGGGCUCCAGCUGAGGCAAAUCAAGUCACGACCGCUCUCUCUUCACCUACAAGAUGAGUUUAAUAUUCACAGCCUUUCCACACAAGUACUUUGACAUAAUAUGAAUGAAGAAAAAAGCCUGAAUGGAACAACUCAGUCAGAUUUUGCUUUUAAUUUCCACCUUCCCUCACCUCUGCAGUUAGAGAAGGGGCGAGGGAAAGCUAAGCUUUGUGGUAGAGAAUAAAAGCCAUUCCUCAUCAGACAAAA